AUGCGGUUCUGCAACUUGGUGACUGGCGCCUUGCCUUUUCUUGGUUGCGCCAAUGCUGCUUCGCGACGCCAGAACGGGCUGCCUGUGUCUGCAUCUCAGGGUCCCAAGCGAUACAUCGUGGAGUUUGCCAGGGGACAAGCCAGUCUCCAAAACAACGUAGCUUCGUUACCAUAUGUCGAAGUCAUCAAAACCUUCCAGAAUGACCUCUUCCUUGGCGCAUACGUUGAAAGCGAAACUCACGGUGUAGAGGGCCUUCUCGCACUUCCCCAAGUCGUAAAAGUGUGGCACAACAACAAGGUCCAGCUAAAUCCGCCAAACGUGACGAGGUCUUUCAGCGACGACGCGGCUUCGGCGAAUUACUCGACACACCACUCGACUGGCGUCCACAAGCUACAUGAGUCUGGCAUUUUUGGUGAAGGUGUAAAAGUGGGCGUUGUGGACAGUGGAAUCCUCUAUACACACCCUGCUCUUGGCGGUGGUUUGGGAGAGGGCUUCAAAGUUGCUGGAGGCUAUGACUUUGUGGGAGACGGAGAGUGGCCCGACUUUGGUGACAAGCAGCCCGAUGAGGAUCCAGUUGACCGUACUGGCCAUGGCACCCACGUCGCCGGUAUUGUUGCUGGUUCAUCAAGCAAUUUUGUUGGCGUUGCCCCUAAAGCAUCGCUUUACGCAUACAAGGUGUUCACACCAAAGGGUUCGACCGACGAGGCCACUCUGAUUGAGGCUUUUCUUAAGGCCUACGAUGACGGUAUGGACAUCAUCACCGCCAGUAUCGGUGGACCAAACGGCUUUUCCGAAAAUGCCUGGGCCGAAGUGGCUUCCCGCAUCGUUGAUCAAGGUGUUCUCGUUACCAUCGCUGCUGGUAACUCGGGAGCUUCUGGGCCGUUCUUCGGCUCAUCCGGCUCAUCAGGCAAGAACGUACUCGCCGUCGCCUCUGUCGAGGCCGAAUCCGCGCCGAACCCGUCAUUCAAAGCCACUUUCAAUCUGAAAAACCAGACCAGCACUAGCAAGAUUGGAUACAUCCCUUCGGUACUGUACUUCCCCGAAACUGUUGUUUCGUGGCCAAUAAUCCCGCUUUCAUUGGACACUAAUGCUACUGCUGAUGCCUGCGAGCCAUACCCAGAGGGAUAUCGUAACCUCACUGGUGCCAUCGCCUUGGUCCGUCGAGGCGGAUGUGAUGCCAUGACGAAACAGGCAAAUCUACAGGCUCUGGGCGCACAGUACAUUCUCAUAUACAACGAUGAGAACCCGCUAGUCAGAUUCUACACCGAUGACUACCAAAGUGCUAUAGCCAUGAUCGAGAAACACUCAGGCGAAGCGCUUGUCGAGGCCGUCAAGGCGGGUGCCAAGAUUACUGCUGAUUUCUCCGCUGGACCUAAUGAUGUAGUUAGCUUGCCACGCGCCUUUGCGGGCUUGCCUUCAGAGUUCACUUCUUGGGGCGGGCUAUAUGACCUCGAGCUCAAGCCCGAUAUCGCAGCCCCUGGUGGUGAGAUCUUUAGCUCUCAUUUGAGCAACGGCUUUGGUGUUCUUAGCGGUACUAGCAUGGCUUGUCCCUACGUUGCCGGAGUUGCGGCGUUGUACAUUGGCGCCCACGGCGGCCGCAACGUUCACGGGCCUGGGUUUGCGAAAACGCUGGCCAGACGGAUUAUUUCCAGCGGAAAUACUUUGAAGUGGUGGGAUGGGGUCGUUGAUCUUCCUGCGCCGCCUCCGCAGGUUGGCACGGGACUGAUUGAUGCCUUCAAGGUCGUCAAUUACACCACCUCUGUGGAGUUUGAAAAGUUUGCGCUGAAUGACACGGCCCACUUUGCCGGUUCACACGAGAUCGUCGUCAGUAAUGAUGGCGCGGAGGAUGUCUCUUACAAGUUCUCUGUCGAGGAUGCGGCGGGUAUGGAAAUCAUCCUGCCGUAUGACCCUUCCAUUCGGAGUUCGCCUCGGGUGAAAGCCCUUGAAGAAGUCGAACUAACUAAGAUGCCGGUCGAUGUUACUCUUCCGGGAGAAUUUACUCUGAAGCCAGGCGAGUCAAAAACCGUGAGUGUUACGUUCCAAGCACCCGAUUACGGAAACCCUGCUGGUCUUCCUCUAUACAGCGGCAAGGUUAUUAUCUCCGGAAGCAACAACGAAUCACUGGCGAUCCCCUACAUGGGCCUUGCAGCAGAUCUAAGGAAGGAAAUGGAUGACAUGUACAUGCACGGAUUCCCCACAGCUACUACCACCUACAACUUCAUUCCCAUUGAGGAAAAACCUUACUGGACGAAUGACAUCUGGUACGAGGACGACUAUCUAUGGCUUAACCUACAGAUGAAGUGGGGAUCGAAGGAGACCCGAUGGGAUGUAAGUUUAGAUGGCUUGCUGUCGCGUUCGUUCAUUCGAGAUACACGUGGGCUAAAAAAAGAGCCGUCAGAUUUAUGA